UCACUUCCGUUGGUUGUUGCCAAGCAACCACGAGGCCUGGGAAACACUGCGGGCUGGAUCCGGCUCAGCGCUAGUCUCUCCAGGUCUUGCACGCUGGGGGCAAGUAGCAGAGAUGCUGGUGCGGUUUGGACGGCGCUCUGGACAGGCGAGAGAAAGCAAGGACAUAAGGACCUCUGAAGAUGGUGGACUUUCCUACCCACCUCUUCUACCGAGCAAGGUGGAUCUCCGGCAGGUCACCAUAAUUCCACAUGAUGAGUGGAAAAGGAUUCAGGAGAGCCUGGGCGGUUUGACAAGAGAAGCAGCUGCUCUUCAUGCAGAAAGAAAGGCAAAAGAAGAAAUGCACUUGCGAUCCCAAGAACUGGUAAAACACUGGACUAAUACCUAUGCGGGGAUGAAAGAACAGAAACUUAAAGCCAAAAAAAAGCGCGAUGAAGAAAUUGAAGCCGAAAGACAAAUCCUUGAUCUGGAGGAGGAAAUACACAAACAAGGACAAAGAAAAAAGGCCAUUGAAUAUGCAAAGCAGUAUCAAUUUUACCAGACAGAACGAGUGAAAAAUUUUCAUUCAGGAUUUCUUCUCAGUAGAGCUAUGAAAGAACGUGAUAUCCAGAUUGCGUUCCGUAAGAGUAAGAUAAAACCAGACACCAAAUGGGAAGAGCAGUUGAAGCUCAACAUUGAAAAAGCUUUUAAAGAAGAGCAGGAAAAAGCAGAAAAACAACACAGAGAAAGAAUGGCUCUUGCUGAGGAGCAUCUAAAACAAAUAAAGGAACACGAAGAGGAAAAAGAAAAAAGGAAAAAGCUUGAAGAAAAAGAUGCCGAGGAGAUCAAGCGACAGAAUUCACUGUAUGAAAUCGAAAGGAGAAAAAAGUUGAAAAAGAAAAAAGAAGAGAUAGAUGCAAGCAGGAAGCUGUUUUUUGAACAUAUGUAUGAUAAAAACAUCAUCAAAGCUGUCGAACAGCAGCAGCAAGAGGAAGAAGAUGAAAAGGUUCGAAUAUUUAUCAAAGCAAAAAAGCGUCUGGCACAAAUGAGGAGAGAAAAGGAAGCUGAAACGCACAGGUUAAUGGAGGAACGGAGAGAAAAAAUAAAUAAUUUCCUGAGUGAACUAAUGAAAGAGAAACUUGAUAAUGCAGAUUUGAUUAUUGCUAAAGAUAUUGCAGAAGCCGAAGCUGAAUGGGAAAAAAAAGAAAAAGAAAAGCGUGAAAAAACCAAAGCGGAUUUAAAAGCAAUCGCAGAACACAGAGCCCUUAUGAUGAAAAAUAAAGAGGAAGAAGAAAGACAAAGGAAAAUAGAAGCUAAACAACAAUUGCUGGCUGUCAUGAAAGCAGAUCAAAUUUUCAUGGAGCAGGAAAAGGAGAAGAAACGCAAAGCUGAUAUAGAACGCCGAGAAGUUCAAGAUGCCCAUAUUCGACAGAUGGCCAAAAAUAAAUUUAAUGCACAACAAGCAAGAGAAGCAGAAUUAGAGUAUUGCAGACGUACUGAAACUCUUGCAGCUGAAAAGGAGAAAGAAUUUCAGGAUUAUGCCACAGCAGUGAUUGACCUUGAAUCUGAAUCAACAAGUAAAUAUAUUUACCCUCUUGUAAAAGCUGUACAGGAAGGACCUGGAGGUGGUCGUGGACCAGCUUUGGUGGACAGAGGUGGAUUAAGACCAAGCUAUCAAGCGAAUGAUUUUACUGGAGUCCAGCUCCCUUUUUAUAAUUCUCAGGGAUUGAAGUAUAAUAAUUUACAGAAGUCGAAGGGAAGGCUAGGUUUUACGUGGUAGAAAAUUUUACAUAUAGAAAAGACUAUGGUUGUAGGAAACACGAGCUACAAAAGUAAUAUACUGUGCUAAUAAAGCUGCUUUUCAUCUCAGUACACUUAUUCCUGAUUUUCUUCAUGAUUUCAACCCCACCGUUAGCUGAUUCAGUUCCCUUUUUUUUACUGUAAAUACAUGAGGGCAAAUUUUACUCAAAAUGUGCACUUUGGUAUCAAGUGCAUUCACAAUAUUGUGCAGCUAUGCCUAUGUAUUGCCCCGAACGGAACCAUGCACCCAUUAAGCAAUCACUCCCCAGCCUCCUGCAACCACUCAUCUGCGUUGUCUCCACGGAUUUGUCUAGUCUGUGUAUUUCAUAUAAACGGGAUCCUAUCACUGGUUUGGUGUCUGGCUUAUUUUAGUGCAUUUUCUAGGUUCAUCCAUGUUGCACAAUGUACUGUAAUCAUACUUUAUUCCCUUUCCAUAUUUCCUUCCACAGCAAAAAUUCAUAUGCUUGUUUCCUGUCCUUCAGUACUUAAAAAUCAGUUAUAACGGAUGUUAUUACUAACAGUAAGAUUACUGACUUCUUUGUGGUUUACUUCAUAGAGCGUAUCUCACUAGAUGUGUUCGAAGUACUGUUUGAAGUCACCUAAAACAAUUCUAGUUUUGCCACCAACUUGAUUCAGUAAGUCUUAAUGAGUCGCAUUUGCCUGCUUCACAGAUGUGUGUCCGUGUUAACUGCCUUUAAUGUUAACUACAUUCACACUGGUGGAAGGUUGUCACCCUGUGCAACGGGAACUCCAAACACGCUAAGCACGACUACUCCCUACUUCCCCCUUCCCUCUACUUUUGGCCAUCACCAUUCUGUUUCUAAAAUCCUGACCACUGUACAUACCUCAUAUAAGUGGACUCACAACUUUUUUGCUAACUGUUUUACUUUGCAUAAUGACCUCUAGUUUCAUCCAGCAUGGGAUGUGCAUUUCUUAAGACUGAAUAAAAUUCCACUGUGUUGUGUGUUUUUCUA